AAUCGGGGGCGGCGGUCUGUGAGUUUUUUUUAAAAGCGGCAUGCGGGAAAGGAGGCAUGUGCCCGUUCAGACACAUCAGCGGGGAGAAGACGGUUGUCUGCAAACACUGGCUACGGGGGCUGUGCAAAAAGGGUGACCAGUGCGAGUUUCUGCACGAGUAUGACAUGACCAAGAUGCCUGAGUGUUACUUCUACUCCAAAUUUGGGGAAUGCAGUAACAAAGAAUGUCCAUUCUUGCACAUUGACCCGGAGUCUAAGAUCAAAGACUGUCCCUGGUAUGACAGAGGCUUCUGUAAACAUGGUCCCCUCUGCCGACACCGACACACCCGAAGAGUCAUUUGUGUGAAUUACCUGGUAGGAUUCUGUCCCGAGGGCCCUACCUGUAAAUUCAUGCACCCUCGAUUUGAACUGCCAAUGGGAACCACAGAGCAACCACCACUGCCUCAACCAACACAAACCCAGCAAAAGAGGACACCCCAAGUCAUUGGAGUCAUGCAGUCUCAAAAUAACAACACCGGGAACAGAGGACCCCGGCCGUUGGAGCAGGUCACCUGCUACAAGUGUGGUGAAAAAGGUCAUUAUGCCAACAGAUGCACCAAAGGACAUCUGGCCUUUCUCAGUGGACAGUGAAAGAGCUGAAGGAAGAGUGCAGGGGAGCUGUUAGCACUGAGCAAAGGUUUCUGCCUAGCGCUAUGUUUUGAACUAUUAAUCAGGUUGUUUUUUUAAUGCCAUUACCGAAAGAACUGGUCAGAGGCUGGCUGCUGCUAAGCAACAUUUUUGUAAUCGUCCUCAAGGGUUUUUUUAUGUUUUAACCUUUUUAAAAAUCGAUUUGGGCCUCGGCCUGUUGUCAUUGAGCCCUGCUGAAAGGUAGUUCCAAAAGCCAAUAGAGGCACAACCCCCUCUCUGGUGCAGCACUCCACGUAAACGCGUCUUAACGCCAGUGUUCCUUUAAAGUAUUUUCCUUCUGCCACUUCUCUUUGGAGAACCUGCAGCGUUUCAGCCCUCCCUGUGGAAGCAGGAAGACUGACUGGAAAAAAAAAAUUAAUACUGGAAAUGCCUUCCCUUCAGUGAGGAAACAGGGAUUCUGCCACCCUGUGGCUCUUGAAAAGCAAAGUCGUGUUCCCAGGUCCAGCCUGCCGUAGUCGG